CCACUUCCCCCUUUAAUGGGUUUUGCAUCCCGUGCACAGACGCCAGAGGAGAAAGAACAGCUCCUGGAAAUGGAGGAGUUCAAGGAAACGAUGACAGAGUCCACCUUCUUGUACCUGACCCUCGACCUGCCCACAGCCCCGCUCUACAAGGAUGAGAAGGAGCAGCUGAUCAUUCCGCAGGUCCCCCUCUUCAACAUCCUGGCCAAGUUCAAUGGCAUCACAGAAAAGGAGUAUAAAACCUACAAGGAGAAUUUCCUGAAGAGGUUCCAGUUGACGAAGCUCCCACCUUACCUCAUCUUCUACAUCAAGCGGUUCACAAAGAACAACUUCUUCAUCGAAAAGAACCCCACCAUCGUGAAUUUCCCAAUCACGAAUGUUGACCUGAGAGAGUACCUGUCCGAGGAAGUUCAGGCCGCUCACAAACAGACCACCUACGACCUGAUUGGAAAUGUGGUGCACGACGGGAAACCGGGUGAGGGAGCCUAUCGGGUCCACGUGCUGCAUCACGGCACAGGAAAGUGGUAUGAGCUGCAGGAUCUACAGGUAUCUGACAUCUUGCCACAGAUGAUCACCCUAUCGGAGGCUUACAUACAGAUAUGGAAGAGACGCGAGGACGGUGAUGAAAGUCUGUCCAGUCAGAAAGGAGCGUGACAGGGGUAAAGUUUGAGAAUGAGAGCACGUCACCCCCUGGUAAGUGGGAACUGAUUGGGGAGUGGAACUGGAAGCACACAGCGAUAUUUGAAGCAAAAUCUGACUGCACCUUGUAAACUGGAAAUGUCUGGAAAGUGUGGAUCGAUCGCCGGAAUGUCACAGUGCGUUGUACACUGUCCAGACAUACCUGCAACUGCUGUAUUACUGACACUUACAGGUUCGCAAUAGCACCUUGGCUCGCUCUGAAACAGGGUGACAUUGCUACGUUAUUUUCUUGUUGAAUGAGUCUUGUGUCAAGGAAUGCUGUACACUCCGUCUGCAAGAGUGACUGACCGAUUUUAUCAUCUUUCGCUUGUGGCUCCCUGGCCGAAUUAUUCCCACAGGACAUUACGAGUCUCAACGUGCCCUUGUUCCUUUUCCCUUUGUUUUGCUCUUCCACGUUCCUCUGCUGUGGAGCUCCGAGUUGAAAGCCACUUCCCAGUUUUGUUUCAGAUGAGGAACGGUACAAAAACUUGUUAAAACUAGCUGUCAUGUUGUACGGAACAAAGGUGAAGCAUCAUUUGACAAACACCCUUUUGGAAUAUUAAUCUCAGGAUUCAGUUUUAUUCAGAUUAAAGUUUGAAAUAAUUUCUC